AAAAUGGCUACCUUGUUGUUAGACUAUUGAGUGCUUGUUUUGGAAUUAAUGUUUAUUUCUUUACUUUAAUAUGACUUAGCUGUACAAUAAUAGUGUGAGUUCGAGUUUAUUAAAUAACGUUUCAAUUAAUUGACUUAAGUAUACCAGCAGUUGUAGCAGUAGGCUGUAGACCAAUGCAAAUUUUAAACCGAAUCCACCAUUUGAAUUAAGACUUGUUUAGAAUUAAGACUUUCUACAAAAGUAUCCAAGAUGUGGCCAGCAGCGCAAUACUCCCACACAAACAACCCCACCCACCAUGCUAAUAAGAAUGAACACCAGAAUCAACACAACUUGAAGACUUUGGGCAUGACUUCUGCUAUUUCUAUGGCAGGUCCCAAGCCAGUUGACAUCGAAAAAACAAACGAAUUAAAGGAAUCUCUCAUACCGUAUGGAGUGUUUGAAUCGGAGGCUGAGAUGCACCACCGCAUGGAGGUGCUGGGUGCUCUCCACAGACUGGUGCGGCAGUGGAUCAGGGAUGAGUCGUUGAGGAAGAACAUGCCGGCCAGUGUAGCUGACACUGUCGGUGGGAAUAUAUACACAUUUGGAUCGUAUCGGCUGGGGGUACAUCACCGUGGCGCCGACAUAGACGCGCUGUGUGUCGCACCCAGACACAUUGACCGCUCGGAUUACUUCCAGUCCUUCUAUGAACUACUCAAGCAACAGGCACAGGUUAAAGAUUUGCGAGCCGUAGAAGACGCCUUCGUGCCAGUGAUCAAGAUGAACUUUGACGGUAUCGAAAUCGAUCUGUUGUUUGCGAGGCUGGCGCUCAAAGAAAUACCUGACUCAUUUGAUCUCCGAGAUGACAUAUUGCUCAAGAAUUUGGACCAGAAAUGCGUGCGGUCGCUGAACGGCUGUAGAGUUACAGAUGAGAUUCUGCGAUUGGUGCCCAACAUUAAUAACUUCAGACUGACACUGAGAGCCAUCAAGUUGUGGGCUAAACGACACGGCAUAUACUCCAACACGCUGGGUUACCUCGGUGGUGUCUCCUGGGCGAUGCUGGUCGCCAGAACCUGUCAACUGUACCCCAACGCACUGCCAGCAACUCUAGUUCACAAAUUCUUCUUGGUAUUCAGCCAGUGGAAGUGGCCACAACCUGUUCUACUAAAGCAACCGGACUCUGUCAACCUUGGAUUCCCUGUUUGGGACCCGCGGGUAAACAUGUCAGACCGGUUCCACCUGAUGCCCAUCAUAACCCCAGCCUACCCGCAGCAGAACUCCACCUUCAACGUGUCUGCUUCUACUAGGACUGUUAUCAUGGAGGAGUUUAGACUUGGUCUGACGAUAACGGACGAGAUAAUGCUGAGCAAGUGCGGUUGGGAGCGCCUGUUCGAGGCUCCCAACUUCUUCAGCCGGUACAAACACUUCAUCGUGCUGUUGGCGUCUUCAGCGGGCGCCGAUGACCACCUGCAGUGGUGCGGCCUCAUCGAGAGCAAGAUCAGGCACCUCAUCACGACCCUGGAGAGGAACCAGCACAUCACCAUAGCGCACGUCAACCCCGAGUGCUACAACUCCGUGCCGCUGCACACCAACGACGGACAACCGCUGGCCUUACCACCAGGAACUUCCGUGCCGACUGACUCUGAGACUGAAACAGAAGAAAAGAAAAACGAAAAUGAUGAAGUGUUACCGAAUGUGUGCUCGAUGUGGUUCAUAGGACUGGUGUUCGACAAGACCAAUGUGAAUGUCAAUCUCACAUACGACAUACUUUCGUUCACUAAAGUGGUGCACUAUCAGGCUGAGAUCACCAACAUGCUGCGAGAGGGUAUGACAAUUGAGGCCCGACACGUUCGUCGCAAGCAGUUACACCAAUAUCUGUCGCCAUCUUUGUUGAAGCGGGAGCGAACUACGUCCGGCGCCAAGAGGAAACAGGACAGCAACACGACACCCGCGCCGGUCAAAAAGACCAAGAGACUCUCCGAGAGCAGCAAUGACGAAGUGAGUAUGAUAUCGUACAAUGACGACUCAAACUCAUCCCCCAUGUACGAUGUAUCGAAUGGCGCAGCCAACCAUCCACAAGAGGAAGGGAAGUCGGCCGAGAAAGUAGCAAGUGACCAGCCGCCGUCAACCUCGAACACCAUCGCUUGUACGUAGUAGAAUGAGGCCUGGCCCUAACGUAAACGCGUUUGAACUAUGUGAAACUUUGUGAUUUUAUGUGAAAGUGUAGUGACUUGAAUAAAUAAUGUGUAUAAUACUUAAUUACUUACUGUAUGUGCAGUGUGUGUUUCAUACAAAAUACUCUGGUGAAAUAGAAAUAAUACAUUUGAAGGUGGACAUCACGUAAGUAUAUGUUUGGUUUGUGAGCCACACAUGUGAUAAUCAUUUAAUCUGCUCAUCAGGAAUCCUAGAGAUAAAUGAGAACAUUUCAAGGAAAAUAUUGCAAUUCUUUAUGUAAAUUGAUAGAACAAACACAAAAAUACAAUAACAAAUGCACAAUCAUCUAGUGCUGGGUGCUUUUUAUGUAUCAAAACAUAUUUCUAGGCUAUAUUUUUUAUUAUUGAUUCCAUGAUUGAGCUGCCCGAUAUUUUGACGCAGUUGCAAGCGCCACGAUCUCGGCGUGAAUGAUGUUGUAUUAAAGCUAUUUUAGCAAAUAUCUUCGGUAAUAAUAGGUGUAUGACAAACAUUGUCCUUAAUUCGGUAAAAUCUGAUGCUAGUGAUAUAUAUUUAAUGAUGUUCGAAUAUCAAAUAAUAUUUCAUUACGUAUCUUUCUCUCAUUAGUAUAAGCUUGUAUUAUUUUAAUGUAAGAAGUGACGAGACUACCCAGAUGUCCUGGGAAGUGAUAACUUCUGCUCUUCUCUACAACGCAGUGCCGCACAGGAUUCUUGAAAAAACUGAAUAAUCUGAGUGGCGUGGCGAUUUUGCUCGUCACUUUGAGAUAAGAUGUUAUGUCUCCCACUAGUAUAAAUUAUGGUAUAUUGGGCCCUCAUAUAUACAUCAAUAGUUCAAUCACCUUCCCCGCAACACCAGUCGCUACCCGCUGACAUGUUUAGUACCGCGACCCCGCCACCGUUUGGCACCCCGUGCGUGUGUGUCCGUGUCGGACUAUAGAGUCCGACCGGUGGCGCCGAUUGAGUUAUGCGGGGCGAGGAAUUAACGAUUUAUGAAUAAAAUAGUUAACUAAACGAACUUUGAUGAUCAAUGAUUUGCUAUUUUCGUGGCUUAAUUUUUGACGUUGUUUUUUUCUCCUAAUUAUGUUCAGUAGUUUUUUUGGUAAUUAUAAAAGAAACGUGUAUAUUAUAUUUGUUAGUUGUAGCAGCAGUAAACAUAAAACGAACAGGUAAUCUUGUGAUAUGAACCCAGCUGAAACAUUCACUAUGACAAUGCGUGACGAUAGCAGCCACUCGUUCAUUUUCUGACUACACCGACCUAUAUUCUGAGCUCUAUAACUGUAGUUUUUGUUUUUGUAAAUAAUAAAGAAGUAAACUUGUGUAGUGGUCAACUUUCGCUGCCAGCGUUAUAUAGCUAAAAAUAUUGUGCACGAUUUAUGCCCUCAUUUUAUUAUUUAGUUAAAAAGGCCUCCCUGGGGAUAUUUAAUAAUUAAUUUCUAGCUAAAUUGUAGCUAAUAUUCUUCCUCUUUACUCAGAAAAGCUAUUUCCAUAGUGGGUUAGGUAUAUUAUAUUUAAAAUAAUUUCUCUUUUAGUUACAUAAGAUAUGGAAUGUUACAAAAACAUUCACAUUAGCCAGAAGAAAUUGUUAACUAGGCGUUGAGAUUAUUAUCUGACCAAAUACAUUUUGCAUUGCGUAUACAGUACCGCGUCGAUUGUCCAAAAUAAUUGGGGUAAAUGGGUGUUCGGAAAACCGGUAUUUUGGGAUAAUGUAUAUUGAUACAGAUAUACAUAUUUACGUACAGGUGAAUGAUAACCAAAUUUACAUUUAUAUAUUUAAUGACAAAUAGGACUUAAACAAAAAAGUGCGGACAAUUUUGUAGUAAAAUUUGUUUAUACUAGGUUCAAUUACGCUUUAAAAAAUCUUUAAUCUUCGUCUGCCGAAGCAAGACUGCCUACCCGCUUACAAGCGGCUUGGUCACGUACUUUUGUAGUCAUAUAUUGGAUACUGGUUUGGUGGCGUCAGCCUUAUUAGACAUGAGAUGUAAAAUUUCGCAAUCCUGCAUUAUUUGGUACCCGGGAUCUUCAUCGUCGAUCGUUUAGGCAUUUUAAAUCGGCAAAAUUUCGAGCGAGUAGUGUAGCGCUGGAGGCGGGAGAGGAACACGCGCGAGUCAGGCGGGCGUAGUGGUUGGGAUAAGCGGUCGUGCCAUAAUAUGAUUUCGGAACAAGCUGUAAGAUAGUAGCCGCGAACAAACGCAGGCACUGACACCUGCUUCGUGUCGUAUUAUGCCAACACGUAAGGGUGGUUAAAAUUUUGUAUCCUAAAUAUAAGUACAGUUUGUUUCUUUGAAAAUUUCCAUUAUUUACUUUAAAUUUUAUAAUUAUUUUGUUACGAUUAAGGUUCGAUAGCUCUAGCUGUGUGCUUAUUUAAUGUCGCCAAUAUACCGCUACGCUGUAUAAACAAAAUUAUAAGUGAUUUAUACAAGCAUGUACAAUAGCAACAAUAUGAUUUGUUCCGUUUGUGGUGUAAAAAGAGAACAAUAAUUCAAACCAAACCUCACUGUAACAUUACCUAUCACCACAAUUAUAUUCACCUAUAACCAUGUUAAGAGUUAUGAACGAUAUGUCAUCGGACGGUAACUUAACGGUUUUAUCUCCAGAGACGCUGGUUGAAAAAUAAAAAAUAUUCAUUCAUAGCAUUCUAGCUAAAUGUCCACAGAAAUCGUUCGCCUUUACAACAGUCAAAGGCUAACGAUAUCGACUGCCAGCUAUUGAUCGCGGCUGACAGCAUGAUCUCGCUCGAAAUUUUUCUUUUGCUAGUUGUAGGUUAAAUGUAUAACCUUAUGAUUGCACUUGUACGUUGUAUCAACAGGGAUUCAUUUUUUUACGUAGUAUCGGGUAUCAACAAAAAAAUUAAUCCAUUUUUUUAUUAUUGAAAUACUCUAAAAUGUAAUUUGGUUUGUAACGCACCAUGUGCUAUUAGCUCUUCAUAUCCUAUCAGCAGAAUUCACGUCUCAACUAUACAGAGUUUUCAGUCACAAAUGAUGACGUUUCACGUGCCCCUCGUAAGUAUUCUCAUAUUCUCGAUGGUAAAGUUACUCCCCACACCCCACCGUAACUAACGAGACAGUGUGAAUUACUAUUAUUAUUAGAUAGAGAUAUCAUUUUACUUUCAAUUAUUAGCAAAGUUUAACAGAACAUGUGGCGUACCACGUCAACGUCACACAUUGUUCGAGACUGGCUCGCUUCUCCUGGGCGUAGUAUUAGUUGGCGCACUUCGCGAUUACUCCUGCGGUAUCUAGUUGGAGCGCAGCGGAGACCAAUCCUUAAUCUAAGGUAAUUUAUGUCCGUACCUUCCUGUGCACAAUUCAAAUCACGCUGGUAAUUUAUCGCAAAUUCUUCAUAUUAUGUCUUUAUUGUUUAUAAAAUAAUAAACGCAAUGUUCUAUUUUAAUUUAGAAUACAAUUGUGUUGCAAAAAUGUAAAUAAGUCCAAUGAUGCCUUCAUUAAAAAUUUUGAACUUAAAAAAAUUGUUUAGAUUACUUUUAUUGUAUCUUUAAGCUUUACUUCAUUCAGUGCAAAACAAACAGCGAGAAAGUUGUGUUUUAACCUUGUAAUUGUAUGAAAUAAUAAUAAAUAGGAAAUUGUAGCUGUGACUGUCUGUUCCAGAAGGUUUGCGACGCAUUAUAUUAAUACGCUCACAGCAUAUUCUGACACUAAUUAGUAAUAGAAUCGCACAUCGAUAAGGUAGAACAAAGUAUGACUAUUGUUUUGUGUAAUAUAAAUAAAUGUAUGGAGUGUUAGUAACGUGUUUUAAUUUUUCUCUGUUAUCGUAAAGUGUAAACUCCAAGUGGUUUUGGUAUGUUUGACCACGGAAUAUUUUGUGCUCGUCGCGAAUUAUAUAUUCAUUAUAGUCAUCCACGUUCACAGGGGAGUGCACAGCAUAAGCGAGGUAAUAUGAGAACCCCCGGCUGCGAUCAGUGCCAUUCCAUAUAGCUCAUUAUAUAUUCUAAACUUCUAUCAUCGUGAAUAUAUCAUAUCUUGAAAUUGUAGCCGAUACAAUGGAGUAUGAUAGUUUAGUUUACUUAGUAGACAGACACUGCCAUUAACGUCCAAAGUCGACGUGUCGCAAGAUUCCAUGGACCGAGAUAUCGGCUAUCGGAACGUAUAGUAUUAAAUGGUUCACACAGAUAUCAGUCUAGGGCUGUCACCCCCGUUGUUGUGUGACAGCCCUAGUAUUUUUUUUAAGGGACUAGACGGCGAGACAGCUUUGUAAGUAUUUAGAGCUGAAUAAAGGAGUUGACCCACUAUUAGUAUUUAUUACACAUAUGCCGAUUUGUUAUUAAAUAUAUAUUUAUAUUUGAUUGACAGUUGUUAUUAUGCGUAAGUAAACUAAAUUUUUACCGUAUUUUUCUAAGUGUAGUAGCUUUCGAAUUAAAUAGAAUUCUUCAGGAAAUUAUUUACUGUUGUAACACUUUGAAUAAAGCCCGCUCCAGGCUCUGUUUAUUACAUAUAUUUAGUAACGGCCGUUCCCAAUAUACUAUCUACAGAUAGAGAUAAAUUACUACCUUGUACUGUCAGUAAUUAGCUGUCAAUAAUCUAAAGCUGUCCCUAUAUACCCGAUAAGUCAUUCUUAUCGCCUUUUAUUGGGACGCGUGAAUUGCAAUUUCCAUACAAAUUUCUAUCGCUGGUAAGCUAAACGUCUUCCCAUUGACAGACAGUGUGUACGGAUAAGGUGAGUUACCGUCGAUAAGUUUAUUGGGACAGAAAAGUCAACGAUAGUUACGAUUUUUUAUCUCAAGUAGGCCACAACCGGAAUAUUGGGAAUGGCCGUAAAUGGACUUGUCCAUAUUGUACAAGAAAAUAUUUCACUAAGACAAUAUAAUAUUUUAACAAAUUACAAAAAUAUUCGAAGCUUAUAUAUACAAUUUACCAUUCGAACACGUGACGAUUUUGUGCUAAUAUUGGUCUUUUUUAGCUAGUGUUAAGGGUUUGCUAUGCGAUAAAGAUUUGCUAUGCUAUAAGGCCAUUGCUAUAUAUUAAUUAUAUUUUGGCGGACAUUGACAAGUCAAUUGACAGAAAAGUAAAACACGUUACUUAUUACGCAAUAUCGAUUAAUCAAUUCCAUUUAGCUGAUAAGACUCAAUCAUAUUUUAUUGUAAGAACUUUCUAUUGAUAACUUUUAUGUAAAUAUUAUAGCGGAACUACUGUUAUAUAUAAUAUCGAGGUAUAAAACAUAAAAUAAAAAAAAAGUAAUAAAAGUGUAACGUUGA